GGCCCAUGAAGUGAUGGAGAGGUGUACUUGGUGAGCUCAUCAUCGCGAGACUUAAGGAGCAACAUGUCUUUCUUUGCGACUUCUCGCGAGAGACAAACUGCACUGCCCGAAUCCAGCUGGUACGUCUAAAAGAGCUCUGUAGCAGUGAGUUGAGGUCCGACCAGCCAUCCAGCCAGCCAGCCAGCCGCCAGCCGGUAAACCAGCCAGCCAGUCACCAUGGGGAACAUCUUUGGCAACCUGCUGAAGAGCCUUUUAGGGAAGAAGGAGAUGAGGAUCCUGAUGGUGGGGCUGGACGCUGCAGGGAAGACCACCAUCCUAUACAAACUGAAGCUGGGAGAGAUAGUCACCACCAUCCCCACUAUCGGGUUUAACGUGGAGACGGUUGAGUAUAAGAACAUCAGUUUCACGGUGUGGGACGUGGGUGGCCAGGACAAGAUCAGGCCUCUGUGGAGACACUACUUCCAGAACACACAGGGUUUGAUCUUUGUGGUGGACAGUAACGACCGUGAGCGGGUGAACGAGGCUCGGGAGGAGCUGAUGAGGAUGCUGGCUGAGGACGAGCUACGAGACGCCGUGCUUCUCAUCUUUGCUAAUAAACAGGACCUGCCCAAUGCCAUGAACGCAGCAGAGAUCACAGACAAGCUGGGGCUCCACUCCCUACGUCACCGCAACUGGUACAUCCAGGCCACCUGCGCCACCAGCGGAGACGGCCUGUACGAGGGCCUCGACUGGCUGGCCAAUCAGCUGAAGAACAAGAAGUGAGUGGACCAAUCAGAGGAGAGUGAAGAGAAACCUUGAUGUCAGCUCUUGAAACAGGAAGUGGUAGUUGGUUGUAGUUGAUCCAUUGAGUGAAUAAUCCUGACACGGCGGGAGUGAAAUGUGAUUGGUAUGUGCUGUAGGAAGGGGGCUUAAACUGUACCAUUCCUUGAGGACAUUUUCAACCCGAUGUCAAUUAUUAAAAACAGUUAUCGCCUUUCAGACAUGUGCCAUCAAUGUCAAUACAUGACAUUUCCUACACGAUUAUGAACACAUUGAUAAGCAUCCCGUUUUUGGAAGCACUAUUUAUGUAUCAAUUGAUUAAUUCAUGAAUACAUUAUUUAUUCAUUUAUGUCAUUUGACUUCUACAUCAGGAUGGAUACUAGCAAAAUGUUAUUUGGUUUUGGAACACCGUAUUAUGCAUGACCGUACAGUAAAAGAUCUCUCGGAAAUGAAGUUUGGAAUUGUGUCUGUCUGAUGUUAUCUAUUUAGCCAGUCUUCUGACAGUAUUCUCCUUUUACACUCAAAUUGCUACUGCUGGUUGGAGCAAUGCAGUAAUGGUCGACAUUAAUGAACAGUGACAUAGGUUUGUGUAAAACACAUCCAAUAUGCAAGAGCAUGCUUUUUUCUAUGUCAACUGUCUAUUACCCAUUUUACUCAACAAGUACAAACAUAUACCUGAACAAAAUAUACCUGAAAAAUACCUGAAGGAGUCAUCGUGGUUGAUAUGUUCAAUUGUAGUUAUCGGGAUUUGUGUAUGCACUGAUAUAUAUCGAUAUGAAGACGGAAUCCGCAUUAGGGGAUACAGCCCCCCCCCC